UUAAGUUUAAACAAAUUAUAUCCGUGUUUUUUUAGAACAUGACAUCCAGUUCUACUAAAGAAAAAACCUCAGCCAGUUUACAAAACCGUGAAUUAGAGGAAAAAAUCUUGGCUGAAAUUUCGGAAACGUUUUGCCCUGAAACAGCAUACCACGCGUAUGUUCCAUUCACAAGACUCAUGGGUGGAAUUCAUAUGGAAGGGAUUCUUAAACCAAACCAUGAAUUAAUUUGGAAACUAAGCAGCAACUAUGGAGAUGGUUUAGAGGAAGCUUGUGGUUCCAAUAAUAAGGUUUCUUCAAGUAGUAAAUUGUCAUCAUCAGCUAAUAUAACAAUGUUUGGCAAUCGAAUUGUGUUAGAUGAACAUACAGAACCAAAUGAAUAUUCCACUGAUGGUAUCACAGUACAAAGGAAAGAUUUAAAUGGUAAUGAGAGUUCCCACCUUACUGGCAACUGGCUUGCAUAUUGGGAGCAUGAGAUAGGACUUCCAGAUACUGAUAAUCAGAUUCAUUUUAAUCAGAUCAACCUACAAAAUUUCACUGGCCACAAUGGUGCCAUACGGUGUAUGUGUGUGAACAACUCUGAAGAAUGGUUUGCUACCGGAGGCAAGGAUAAAGCAGUGAAGAUAUGGUCUUUACAAAACACCACAUCUGACUACAUUAAGCCUUCUUAUGUGUAUACCUCACAUAAGAAAAGUCCAUCACAUAUCAGUAUCUUGGAGUCAGAUAAUACAAUGCUGACUUGUGAUGGUAGUGUGCAUGUAUGGGAUCCUUAUACCGGCCAAACUAUCACAACGUUUGAUAGUUCUGACUUUAAAUCUGGUAUUGUGUGCCUUGAAUCUCUACCUGCUCCUAACAGAACAACAUUAGCUGCAAAUUCGGAUUCCAUCAUCAAAGUAAUUGAUGUUCGUGCCCAGAGUUUGGCUCAGGAAUACAAAACGAACAUGGGGCCUUCUGUGGGUGUGAUAAGGACAAUGUGUGCUACUUCUACAUGGGUGGCUGUGGGUUUCUCAUCAGGAGUUAUAUCCAUAAUUGACAUUCGGAUGGGACCAAUACUUCGUAUGUGGCAAGCACAUGACAGUGACAUUACAACAUCUUGUCUCAUUUCACCAACAAACUUUCUCACGGCUUCUAUGGACCAGACAGUUGCACAUUGGGAAACGACCAGCACUACCCCACGCAUGGUGUAUCGACCCAUCACUGAACCAGUGACCACAGUCCGAACAUACCACACUGAGAUAGUUUCAAGUUCUUCUUCAAACAGAAUCAACAUUCAUCGUUUACUCAACACUGGUACUGAGGAAGAUUUUCAGAAUGGCAAAGUGGGUUUAGAUAAGCCAACAGCAGUGACAAAGUUGAGGUCGGAAACUUUGAAAGGAACACUUUCCACAUUCCGUAUUUUACCCAUGAAAAGACAAUUACUUGUUUCUUCAGACAGUGGGGCUAUAUCUUUGCUUGCAUAGUUUUAAUACUGGCCUAUUGUUAUUUUAAUCUAAACAGUGCAAUUGUUCUUUAUACACUUUUUCAAGUGUUACACGUUUUUUUUUGCGUUUUAUAACAUUAUAUGCUAUUUCAGUAUGUCGAUGAUACAAAGUGUUUAUUAGCAAUUAGCAUCUGAUAUUGCUUGCUAUCUUCAGUCGAAAUUAUUACACGUUACGCUUUUUUAUUGAUCAGACCAACCUUUUUUUGAUUUGUUUGAUUCUAAUACAAAAAGAUAGUGCAAUAAAAUACUCGUUAUGAAUUAA